AUGGCCCACCGGAUUUUGAUGAUGGCAGGCGAUGGGGUGGGAGAGGAACUGCUAGCAGCUGCCAGGCUUGUGCUGAAGGCAACCCGGGUUCCGCUGCAGAUCGAAUGCAUGGAUUAUGGGAAGACCUACGAGCGGCUCCACGGUCAUCCGGUGGGUGAGGAGCAUUUGUUGACGAUUGAGCGGGUGAAGACAGUGCUCAAGGGGCCGAUUGAGAUCGAUGCCAAGUCCCAACUGUUGGAGAUCCGUGGGCGGCGCUUCACUUCUGCCAAUCAAGCGCUGCGGAAAAUCUUUCAGCUCUAUGCGAACGUGCGACCGGCCAAGUACUUGGAAGGCUCCCCAGCCAAGUUUCCGGGCACAGACCUGGUGGUGAUCCGUGAGAACACCGAAGGCAUGUACACAGGCGAGGAGUCUUGGGAAACCGACGAUGCCGUGGUGGCGACGCGGCGGAUCACACGGCAGGGAACACGUCGAGUGGCCGAGUUCGCCUUCGAUUAUGCGGUGCGACAUGGGAGGAAGAAGGUGACGGUGGCUCACAAGUCGAACGUUUUGAGACUCUCAGACACCCUCUUCUUGAAGGUCUGUCGUGAGGUGGCCUGCAACUACCCUGAGAUCCACUACACGGAGCAGCUUUGUGAUUCGCUGCUGACGGGCAUGGUGAUGCGGCCAGCAGAAUGGGAUGUGAUCUUAUGCGAAAACCUCUUUGGCGACUUGGUCUCCGACCUCGCCGCCGGCCUCGUCGGUGGUCUGGGCCUGGCGCCCAGCGCUCUCUGCGGCGGAGGCGCCGUGGCCAUCUUCGAGCCGGCGCAUGGCAGCGCACCGGACAUUGCAGGCCAAGGUUUGGUGAAUCCCACCUCGAUCCUCCUCUCCGCCUCGUUGAUGCUGCGCCACCUCCGAGAAGCGUCCGCCGCCGACGCCCUGGAGCGAGCGCUGGCCCAGACGCUGCGCGAGCGCCGAAGCGUCACCUGUGACUUGGGAGGUGGGUGA